CUUCGCGGCGCCCACCAUUGGAGCCCCAGAAGAACGGAACUACAAGUCCCGGGGUCCCUUGUGGCCGCCAUAGUCGAGUGGCCCGUGGAAUUGGCCCAGGAUGACAGCUGGAGAAUGGAGUCAGUUUUAUCCAAGUGUGAAAACCAGAUUACCAUUUUUGCUGACUACCUAGAAGAGUUUCCAGAUACAGAUGAGCUGGUAUGGAUCUUGGGGAAACAGCAUCUCCUUAAAACAGAAAAGCCUAAGCUGUUGUCUGAUAUAAGUGCUCGCCUAUGGUUUACAUACAGAAAGAAAUUUUCACCGAUUGGGGGAACGGGCCCAUCAUCAGAUGCUGGCUGGGGAUGUAUGCUACGUUGUGGACAGAUGAUGUUGGCUCAAGCCCUUAUAUGCAGACAUUUGGGGAGAGACUGGAACUGGGAGAAACAAAAAGAACAACCCAAAGAAUACCAACGGAUCUUACAAUGCUUCUUAGAUAGAAAGGACUGUUGCUACUCUAUCCAUCAAAUGGCACAAAUGGGUGUAGGAGAAGGGAAAUCAAUUGGUGAAUGGUUUGGACCAAAUACAGUUGCACAGGUGUUAAAGAAGCUUGCUUUAUUUGAUGAGUGGAAUUCUUUGGCGGUUUAUGUGUCAAUGGAUAACACAGUGGUCAUUGAGGAUAUCAAAAAAAUGUGCUGUGUCUUUCCCUUGAGAGUUGACCCAGCCAGUGAGAGUCCCCCUAACUCUCUGAAUGCUUCAAACCAGAGUCAGGACACCUAUGCCUGCAGCCCAGCCUGGAAACCCCUGCUGCUCAUUGUGCCUCUUCGCCUGGGCAUAAACCAAAUCAAUCCUGUCUAUGUUGAUGCAUUCAAAGAGUGUUUUAAGAUGCCACAGUCUUUAGGGGCAUUAGGAGGAAAACCAAAUAACGCCUAUUAUUUCAUAGGAUUCCUAGGUGAUGAACUCAUUUUCUUGGAUCCUCACACAACCCAGACCUUUGUUGACACCGAAGAAAAUGGAAUGGUUGAUGACCAGACUUUCCAUUGCCUGCAAUCCCCACAGCGAAUGAACAUCCUGAAUCUGGAUCCUUCUGUAGCAUUGGGUGCUGUUCUGCCUUGGAGCUUGAUUUCACGCAAAAAAGCUUGAAAGUGUAUGUGUGAGAGAGAAAGAGAGAGAAAGAGGGAAUGCCAGAGAAAAAGGAGAGGAGAGAGCCCUAAACGAACCCAGGGGAGACAGAGAAGAAGAUACCUACGAAGUGAGAAAGUGAGUGUGAUAAAUCUAGGAAGAGUGCACAAGAGAAAAAGAGACCCAGAGAGAGCCAGUGUGAGACCAAGAGACAUCAAGAGAUAUGGAUCAAGAGAGUGAAAUGGCAGGUGAAUAACAGCUUGUGAGUAAUACUGAGGGAUUGAGGAAGAGCCAGAGAGCAUAGAGUGAGGUAGAACAAGAGAAAGUCAGAGGGUAGGAAAGAAAAGGGGAAAAGCAAACAAGAGGAAGAAUUCCAGCAAGAAACAUAAAGCCAGCCCGAGAUAGGGAGUGAGAGAGCAUGAGAGUGAGAUUUGGAAAAGUUUAAGAGAGAUUGUGAGUGAGAAGCAGAGAACAAGAGAGAGCCAGAAACACUGAGAGGUCUGGGAAGACUGAGACAGAGAGGCAGCAACAUGAGAGAGCAGAAGGGGGUGAAAGAGAGAGAGCAAGCAGGAGACAGUGAAAGCUAGAAUGAGAAAGUGAGGAUGAGAGCAAGAGUCCCAAAGAGUGAGGGAACAAACUGAAGGGCAAGAGCAUGAGAGUGUGUGUGUGUGCAAGGGAGAUAGUAAGAGAUAGUAAGAGAGUUUAAAAGUGCAAGCCUGAGAGUGAGAGAGAGAGAGAGAGAAAGCUCAAGGGAGUGAAAUGGAGAGAAAAUGAGGAAGAGGGCAGGGAGAGAGGGAAAGCCACAAGGAGUUGGGAAGAAAGUGAAAAACUGAAUUAUUGAUUUAAAAAAUUACAGUGAGUAAAUGACAGCACAAGUGAGAUAGUGAGGUCAGAGAGAGUGAGAGAUCAAGAGUACCAGAGAAAUAGGGAGAGUAGUGAGUGAGAACAACAGAUAGUGCAACAGUGAGAGUGAGAGACUAGGAACCUGAUAUAAUAGUGGGAAAGUGAGAACAAGAGAAAGUGAGGGCAAGAAUAAGAGUGAGUGAGUGAGUGUGUGAGUGAGAAUGUGAGAGAGUGAAGAAGAGGGAAAGAGCAAGUGAGAGGGGAAGUAAAACAUGUGAGAAAAGGAGUAGAAUAAUAGGAUAGCAAGAGUGAGCCCAAAUGUGAGAGAGCAAGUGAGUCAGAAUGAAAGCAAGCAUGAGAAAAAGAACAUAAGUGAGCGUGAGACUGAGUCAGAUCGAGCAAAAGAGAGCAAGAGGUUGAGCCUGAGUGAGAGUGCAAGAAAGUGAGUGUGAGUCAGAGCAAGAGAGAGUCAUAGAAUGAAGGUGAUGAAGAAGGCUUAAGCAUGGGAGAAACGGGCAGAGCCAAAAAGAGAGAGGGAGAAUGAGAGAAUAAGAGAAUACAUGAGAGCAAGAUAGAGAGAACAAAAGAGGGAGAACAACCUGAGAGGAAAAACCAGAGGGAGAUGAUAGGGUGAGAAACAAUGAGACAGAAUGAGAAUGAGAGAGCAGGGAGCAAGAACACAUGCAAAAAUGUGGAAGCACAAGUGAUAGAGGAAGAAUGAGAGAGAGAGAAAGAGAGGGAGCCAGAGAGACAGAUCUAGAGAGGAAGUCAAAGAGUGUGUAUAUAAAAGAUUUUAUCCCAAUGAUUAAAUGAGAGCAAGAGAGAGCCCUGUGAGAAUGAGCAAUAUAGUGAGAAAAGAGAACAAGAACAAGAGAACAAGAGUCAGAGAUCAAGAGAGAAAAUCAGAGCAAGAAUUGUAAGAAUAUGAAUGGGAGAGCAAGAGUAUAAGAACAAGAUUAAGUGAGAGUAAAACAAGUGAGAGUGAAUACAAGGAGUGAGAGAAUGUAGCUGAGCACUAGAGUGACUAAGAGGAAGUGAAUGCACAGAGUAGCUGAAAAACAAGAGAAAGCACAAAAGCCAGAAAGUGACAAUGAGUUCAAGAGGGUGAAUGAAAAGAGCGACACUUAACAAACAGCACUAAGUGAGCAACUGAGCGAGUGCACUCUAGAGACAGUAGAGAAAAAACAAGUGAGUGAGAAUGCCAAGUGUACCAGAAUGAGAGCGAGAGAACCAGAGAUAUGGAGAUUUAGAUGGGAGGAAACAACAGGGUGUAAAUAAGCUAGAGAGUGAAUAUACAUGAGGAAAAAAAGGAGAGAAAGUGGGAGAGCCAGAGGAAGAUAGGAAAAGAAUGAGAGGAUGACAGUGGGAUACUGAAAACAAAGAAGAACAAGAGUAUGAGAGCUUAGUGAGAGGUAGACAGUGUGAGCAAGACAAACUUGAGAAGUCAAGGGGGUAGUGAGAGUGCCUUCCAGAGAGGAAGAGGAAGAGAACAAGAGACAGGGAGAGUGCAAUAGAGAAGAAUGAGAGAAUGUGGAGCCAGAAAGGUAGUACAGUCAGGAGGGCUCUUACCUUGCAGGCAUCUAACCUAGCUUGAUCCCUGACAGUCCAUAUGGUCCCCAGAACCUCGCUAGGAGUGAUUCCUGUACACCUAGCCAGGAGUAAGCCCUGAGCACCACUGGCUGUGAAGAAAAAUCAAAACAUAUCAAGAAUGAGAGAAUAUACAUGAAAGGGAGAGAGCAAGAGAGAAUGAGAAUGAAAGAGUGCAAGAGAAAGUGAGAAUGGGAGCAAAAAUGGCAUUGAGUACAAAAAAGCUAUAGUCCAAGAGUGCAAGAAUGUGAUUGUGAGAGAGUAAACUGGACAGCAAGAGCAAGAGUGAGAAAAAUAGCAACAGAGUAAGAAAGCUAGAGAACAGGAGCAGAGAGGCAAGAAUCUGCCAGAAAACCAGGAAAGCAAGGGAAUGAAAGUGAAUGAGCCAGUGAAUGAGGGCAAAUAAGAAUGAGAGAAUAUCAGGGAGUGAAAACAUAAGAGAGAACAAGAGUGGAGUGAAAAGAGUACAUAAAAGCAAGUGAGAGUGCAAGAGAAGUAGUGAGAGUGAAAUUGAGCAAGAGGGAGCCAAAUCAAGUUGGAGAAAGCAAGAGUGUAAGGGGAAAAGAGAAAAAACAAAGGAAGAAAUAGGAGAGAGUAAGAGACCAAGAGAAAGAAUGAGAGUAAGAGCAAACAAGAGCUUGAGAGUGUGAGUGACAGUGCGGGUGAGAGAAAAUGAGAGCACAGAGAGGUUGUAUGAGAGAUGGUGCAGAGAAGAUGGAGCAGAUAGAUCUAGAGAGAUGGGGCAUAGAAGAAGAGGGCAUUCAAGAGUAAAUGAGAUUGAGAGAUACAGCAACAGUUUGCGAGCACAUGGAGAGUAUGAAAGCAUGAGAGUGACAGAGCAAGUGAGGGAGUGAAUGAGAGUAAAAGGUAGCACAAUAGAGAGGGGGAGAAGAGACAGAGACAGAGGGCAAGCGAGAGAGCAAGAGGAGAGAGUGAGAGGAAGAUCUAGAGAGAGAUAGGGUGUGAGCGAUCAUGAGAAAUAGUGAAAGAGUACAGUAGAUACUGGCCUGGAGAGAGUAUAGCAGAUAAGGCACUUCCUUGUAUGUAGCCAGAGCGAGAGUUUGAGAGUGAGAGAUUAGAAGAGCAAGAAAGACAGUGAGGAAAGAGAGCAAGAGGGAGAGAGCGAAUGAGAAAGCAUGUAACAGCAAGAGUGAAACAGAGCAAGCAAGAAUAAUGAGAGAGGGAGAGAGCCAGAGAGCCAGAGAAUAAGUGACAGAGUAAGAGCAAAGGAGAGCAAGAAUAAGGAAGUGAGAGCAAAGAGAGUGAGAGCAAGAGAACAAGAGCAAGGGAGACAGUGAGAGUGAGUGAGCUAUCAAGCUAUAAAUAGAGCAGAGGGACAGUGAGAAGAGAACAAAGAAAUAUUAAAAUAGCCAAGAGAAGGACAAUGAGGGAUUGGGAGAGUCAAAGGGGAGCAAAAGGUUGAGAAUGGGAGCUAGGAAGAGGGAGAGCAGGAGAGAAUGACAGAGCACUGAGCGAGUGAGAGAAGGAAGAGAACAAGAGAGAUACAGGGAUAGAAUGAGAGAGAAUCAGAAAAGGAGAGCAAGAAACAGUGGCGGUGAGAGAAAGGGAAAGAGCAAAAGAGAAAAUGAGAGAGCCACACCCAAAAAGAAUAAGAGAGAGUGAGAGAGCCAGAUAGGGAGAGGAGAUAGAAUGAGAGCAAUAUAGCAGAAGAAAGUAUAAGAGCCAUGGAGAACAAGAGAGCAAUAGAGCCAGCAAGAGUGAGAGUGAGUAGGGAAGACAGCAAAAGAAAGCACAAAGUGAGCGUGCAUAUGAGUUAGAGAGCAAGAUUGUCAGAGGGAAGACAGAAUGAGAGUCAGGGAGACAAUGGGAGACGAGAAAAAGCGAAGGGUGGUGAGAGAGAAGAGGAUAGAGAGUGUGUCAGAGAAAGAGCAAGAGAGAAUGAGGAAACAAGAUCAAUUGAGCUAGAGAGAAAGGGAGACAGUGACAGAACAGAAAGAGAGCAGAGAGAUUGUGUUAGAAAUCGACAGAGGGAAAGUGAGAGCAAAAAUGAGAAAAUGAAAGGAAGCAGAAGAAUAAGAAAGAUAUGGCAAUUGAGCAAGAGUGCAAGAGAGUGCAUGUGAGAGGGAGAACAAGUGAGAGAAUAGGAGGUUUAACAGCGUGAGGGCGCGGGAUUUAGUGAGAAAAGCAGGAAUGAGAACAGAGAGAGAUCAAGAGAACUGGAAAUAGGGUGAGAUGGGGAAAGCAAGAAAAAGAGUGACAGAGUGAGAGGAUGAGAGUAGGAUGGGCACGGGAAUGAGAGAAUAAGAGGGAAAGAGUGCACAUGAGAGAGUAAGAGAGUAAAGAAGAACUAGAGAGUUCGUGACCCAAAGAUAGCGAGAGAACAAGAGAGAUAGUCAGCUAAUGGAGAGAGGUUGUGAGGCAGAGAAAUGAAGGGAGAAAGAAAGGGGAGGGAUAGGGAGAGAGAGACUCAGAGGGAGAGAAUAAGAGAAAUCAAGAGAAUGAGAUGCAUGGAGAACGAACCAGAGAGGGCAGGAGCAUGAAAUUUAAAAAAAGUUGGAGCAGAGAGAAUGAAAGUGCAAUGGAAUGAGAGUGAAAGAGGGUGAGAGACAGCUAGAGGAGAGAGAAAGAGAACAUGUGAGAGAAUGAGAGAGAACCAUAGAUAGCAUAGAGUGAGAGGAUAGAGAGUUCCAGAGGAGUGAAUGCAAGCAAGAGCAUAACAGUGAGUGAGAGAGGUGGAGCAGAGAGUGUGGGAAUAACAGAAAAUGAGAGAGUAAUAGAACACGAGAGAAAGGAAGAGUCAAAGACAGUGAGAACGUGAGAAAGCAAGAAAGCAUGAGUGAGGGAGAGUGGGUCAUAGAACAAGAGUGCAAAUGAGAAUGGGUAAGCCAGAAAGCUCAAGAGAGCAAAGAGUGAAAGAACAGAGCAAGAGAGAAUGAGAACAAACCAGAUAGAAAGAGCAUAAGAGAAAAACUGCAAGAAAGCAAGGGAGAGGGACAGGGAAAGAAAGACCAAUGAAGAGAGUGAGUUUGCAACAGAGAGUGAGAUGGAGCAAGGAAUUUCAAGUGAGAGGAUGCAAGAGAGAAUGCAAGAGAGCCUGAGAAAGAGACACAGUGAGAUGAAACUGGACGGGGUGGGGGGAUGAGGAUAAGCAAGAGUGAGAGCAGCAAGAACAGAAAGAGACCCAAAGCGGGUAAGACAAACAAGUUAAGAGAAUAGGAGUGAACAAGAAUAGAGAGAAAGAGUGAGAGAGCAGGAAUUAGGUAGGGGAACAAGAGGAGAGAAAAAGAGAGAUGAUAUUAGAGAGACCUAGGGAGGUAGUAAGAAAGAGAAUCGGAGCUAGAGUAAAAGAGAGCAAGAGCGAGCCAUAAAUGGAGAGUCAGAGGAGAUAGGAAUAAAUACAGCAAGCAAGAGAGUAAUCCUGAAUGGGAGCAUUGGAGAAUGAGCAUGAGUGAGUUAAGCUGCAUGAGAGAAUGUGAGAGGGUAUGAAAGCAAAAGUGAGAGAACAAGUGUUAAAUUGAGAGUGAGAGAUGAAAUGAGAAUGAGAGCAAGGGAUUGAGUGGGAAAGCAAGAGGUAUAGCUAGAGUGAGAGAAUGCGUAUAUGUGUUCAUUUGAGGCAGUUAACUAGUAGAUAGGGAAAUCCAGCCAGGAAGACACAUUGAAAGAGAUGCACAUUGUAAGUCUGGGUAAAAGGCUCCAUCUUAUACUACAGAGGAUCAAUUCUAACUUGUGU